CCCGCCCCGCCUCCCUUCGGACCCCUGGGUCCCAGGCCCGGCUCCCCGCCCGACUCACGCCCCGCCCGCUGCCACCCGCUGCCGACCCGGCCCGCAGUGCGGCCCGGCAGCCGCCACCAUGUCCCUUCACGGCAAACGGAAGGAGAUUUACAAGUAUGAAGCGCCCUGGACCGUCUACGCCAUGAACUGGAGCGUGCGGCCCGACAAGCGCUUUCGUCUGGCCCUGGGCAGCUUCGUGGAGGAGUACAACAACAAGGUUCAGCUUGUUGGUUUAGAUGAAGAGAGUUCGGAGUUUAUUUGCCGAAACACCUUUGACCACCCGUACCCCACCACAAAGCUCAUGUGGAUUCCUGACACAAAAGGUGUCUACCCAGAUCUACUGGCAACAAGUGGUGACUAUCUCCGAGUGUGGAGGGUUGGCGAAACAGAGACCAGGCUGGAAUGUUUGCUAAACAAUAACAAGAACUCAGAUUUCUGUGCUCCUCUGACCUCCUUUGACUGGAAUGAAGUGGAUCCUUAUCUUUUGGGUACUUCCAGCAUUGAUACGACUUGUACCAUCUGGGGGCUGGAGACAGGGCAGGUGCUGGGUCGAGUGAACCUUGUGUCUGGCCAUGUGAAAACCCAACUGAUCGCCCAUGACAAAGAGGUCUAUGACAUCGCAUUUAGCCGAGCUGGGGGUGGCAGGGACAUGUUUGCCUCUGUCGGCGCUGAUGGCUCAGUGCGGAUGUUUGACCUCCGCCAUCUAGAGCACAGCACCAUCAUUUAUGAAGACCCACAGCAUCACCCACUGCUUCGCCUCUGCUGGAACAAGCAGGACCCUAACUAUCUGGCCACCAUGGCCAUGGAUGGAAUGGAGGUAGUGAUUCUGGAUGUUCGAGUUCCCUGUACACCUGUUGCAAGGUUAAACAACCACCGAGCAUGUGUCAAUGGCAUUGCUUGGGCCCCACAUUCAUCCUGCCACAUCUGUACUGCAGCGGAUGACCAUCAGGCUCUCAUCUGGGACAUCCAGCAAAUGCCCCGGGCCAUUGAGGACCCUAUCCUGGCCUACACAGCAGAAGGAGAGAUCAACAACGUGCAGUGGGCAUCGACUCAGCCCGACUGGAUUGCCAUCUGCUACAACAACUGCCUGGAGAUACUCAGAGUGUAACGUUGGUGGCACCAUGCCCACGAGGCAGGGGCUUGUAUGUUCCCCGCCUCUGCCCCACCCCAAAGUAAGAAGAAACAUGUUUCCGGUGGCCAGUAUGUCUUUCAUUGCUUUGCACCCACUGUUACCAGAAGCUGCUCUAGGAGUCCUGGCCAGUCACCCCAUCAUUCUCUGUGCCCGACUCAGGGCUGUGUGGCGCCUCCUCAGCCUAGGGCUGAGUUUUAAAAUUUUCUGUCCUUUUCUCUUCUCCUUUGGUUCCUCAAUUAAAAAUUUCUGUAUAUUUGUUUGUCAGCCAUUGUGUUAAUGAGCAUUACAGGCACUGGCUGUGUUUGUAUUCAUCUGCUCCAGAUGUGUCUGUCUGUCUGCUGCCCAAGGCAGCAACCUAUAUCCAUGUCCAUGUUAGCACUUAAAUGGGAACAAAUACCAAUUUGAAGUUGUCUUUCCUCUUAUUGACGUCUGUAACAACUUUCAACUUUGUAUAUUUUUUAUCUAUCAGGCUAAGUUUUUUAUGAGAAGAAUUUUACUCCCUGGCCUCCUUUGUUUCAUAGUCCUCCCCGUUAGCACCUUCCUCUCUUCCCUCGGUACCCAGACCUGGCACUGGGCCCUUGAACCCGUGAGCAGUUUGCCUUGAAUUCCUGCCUGAGCAGAAAGUACCUGACCGGGAGCUCCAGACCACCGUGGUGCUCUGAAGUUGGCCAGCUCUCAUACCUUUUCUCAGCCUGGCUCUUCGCAAGGGCGUUCUGGGCUCCCGAAUAGACGUGUGAAGCCUUCUGUUACUCCCUGAAGUACUUCUGUCCAACCCCACAGGGACCUACUGGGAACGUGCUAGAGCUGAGAUAGAUGGGCUGAUUGCGGUACCUGACUUGAGGGGAAUAGUUUCAGGAAAGCUGAGCUUAGAGCAUAUUUCCAGUACAUAGUUUCAGAACCUAUUUUUCCCUCCAAAUAUAAGCCCCAGGCUAUUCUCUUUUCAUGUCUUGAAUGAUAGGUAAGAAUGAUCCAUAAGCCAAACUUCAGUGUCUCUAUUUGUUUAGUUUACUGUGACUGGUGGUAUAUCAGCCACUCUUUGGAUUGAGUGCGCUGAGGUGAGAGACUCCUUGCGAGGCCCACAACCUGUGUGUCUAGCCCUGAACAAGAUCUCCUUUAAAAGGAGUGGGAGAGACUGUCAAUUCUUGUAAGGGAGGGACUGUAGGCCAUGAUGACUCCAGGCCAUCAAGUAAAUAGAUAGCUACGAAAGAAUCAGAGACCCCAAGGUCAGCCAGGUAAGAGCUCUGCGUAUACCUGUCAACUGGCCCACACCCACUUUAGGUUCUGAGCGGUAUUGGACUUGUAGGCUGCAGCUGUCUGUUUCCGUUACGUGAAUGAGUCCUAUGGAGAGGGCUUGUGUGUUACUCUGGCGGUGGAUGAAUCCUUGGGCAGGCUGAGUUUGGAACAUGCUCAGAUGGGAGUUUGCUUGGUUCAUUAUGCUCUGCCAAGUGCCCAAAGGUUUCUGAGACCCCCGGAGGUACGAAUCUGAGAGUAGGAGAGUAGCAGAGCUUAAGGCCAAUGGUUUUGUCCACUUCGGCUCUCAUCUGCUCUUGAGAAAAGAAACAGCUUUGUUCUUCCGAGCCCUCAAACUCGCUUGGUUGAGUGUUCCUUUUCAGAAGCAGAUGUGUUUGUAUCCCCAGAGUCACAGCUCUGCUUUACUACACAGGGGCUCGUCCCAAAGAAAAUGGCUCUUUUUUUAGUCAGGGUAUUUCCCUUUCUACUUUUUUACUUUUUUUUUUCUGAUUUGGGGGCUCUUUGGCUGGCCACAUGCUUGAGGUUUACUCUCCUGCAUUUACCACCAGAUGCGUGCAGUGUCAUUUGGAGAUGUAAAGUGAACUUCCUCUGCUUGUAAUUGUGUUGGAUGAUUCCAGGGUCCUUCUCUCAAGGGUAGCAUCUCAAGGGUAGCAAGUCUAAAUUGAUUGCUGUAGGAGGCUGUCAGUUCCUUCCUGUGGAAAAGGGUCUGAAAUGGAGGUCAGAGUGGAAGAGGGAGUUGGUCCUCCUGGGACUGAGCUCUGAGUUAAGAUUCCUUUCCUGAUCUGUACUUAAAUGGGGUCUGAAUGAUGAGAUUUGUCAACUGGCACUCGACAACCUGGAGAGAAAAACAAUUCGUAAAUGGUAGUUAGAAUAUAUUUGAGUAAAGUCGCUAUUUGCUCUGGAAACCAACUACUUUUGAUUGUUUUGUUUUCCCUUGCCCUCCUCUUCCUCUUCCUCCUGACAUCCCACCUGGGGCCCAGGUGAGAGACUCCCAGUCUCCCUGAGCAAACACAAACAUUCACGGUUGCUAGGAUGCUGGUAUUUGGAAGUCCCUGCUCUUACCCUCUUUAUUGCCACAGUCCAGAUGGCCUCGUGGCUGCGGAGGGGAUUUCUGUAGUCUCAGGAAGCAGAGGCCUGUUGUAGUUUGAAGAGCAAGUGUCUGUUUAAUGUGUUUAAGUUCUCAAAUUGACAGCCAGAAAGCAUGGGUGGGAGGUUCUGGACCUGCCCUCCCGAGUGUGAGACGAGCAGCUGCCGGACUUCACUGGGAGCCCAUAGAAGCACCAUGGGCUCUGGCUCAGCUGCCGGUGGCUCUUUGACUUGCUCUUGGCCCCCUGAGCUGAAGCUGCCUUUGUUUUCCUUGUCUGCUCUGAGGGGAAAGGGACAAAGGUGCUGAAUCAGUUAGGCCUCAGGUUCCCAUCAGAGAGCUUGAAUGUUCACACUGUGGAAAGUUGGAACCCUCUCCUUCCAGAGAAGGUUGGGGCUGCAAGAUAAGGGUUUCAAGGGGGAAGAUAUUUGGUAACUAGGUGAGAAUUUCUUAUCAGAACGAGGGUCAACUCUCAGAGAGCUGGUUAAGAUUUGGGAAGAAACAGAAACAAUUGAGACUCCUACAAGGUUUUGAUGAUAGUUGUGAAAGAAAUUAUAGGAGAUUUAGGAUGUGGGAGAAAAUCAAUGGUAACUGUUUCUUUAGCUCAAAGGAGAAAAUAUUAGUAAAGGCCUGAGGUGGGGAAGUAUUCUGACUGUGCCCUUGGCCUGCGUCAGCCUUCCUGGACUAUUCAUCAAGUAUCUGUGACACUGGGUAACUAAAGGGACAAGAUGACAGCUCAUGGCAGAGGAGCCUCUCCCUGUAGCAAUGCAGCCAUAGGUGAUGUUUAGUGGUAGAAAUCUUCAGGUCUUGGGAGUCCUGUGAUCGUUCCAGACCAAUGCUGUCCUUGGUUGUAGGUUUGUAGAGAGCAGAAGCAGAGGUUGUAAAUUGUCAUGCUGACUCCGUCAUUCCCCAUACACUUUUCUUUCCCUCUUUUCUCACUCCCUUCCCAUUGUACAACUUUCUCCCUGCUGCAACCCGGGCCUUUAAAUUCCUAGGCUGUAAGAACAUGUAGUUGCUGCAGGGUUUUCCAGACAUGGGAGGACCAGUCCAGUGCCAUCUCUCCACCUUUCCCAUUUUGAGAAUAUAGCAGCUCAUUCAACUGCCUGUCUUUGGGUGAGGGUGAGGGAGACCAUUGAAGUAGAAGCCUCAAAACAGACUCGCCCCUUUUCUCUCUGCAUUCCAGGAUGAGGUAAGAGGGUCAUGCUUGGCAUUCAGUUGGGUUCUCCCUGAGAGGAAAACUGAAUUGAGCAGUCACUGUGAACCCUGGGCCCGCUCUCCGAUCGCCUUUUCUGUACUGGCUGAGCCAGCUAAGUGUCUCAUGUUGCAGAGCCUUGCCCACCUCUCCCACCUGCACCAUCUUCUCCCACAGUUGUCAUUGCUGCUAAUGGUCAAAGUCAAAUGUACGGCCACAUGAGAUGGGCCAGGUCCUCUCAGGCUCCUUUCUGGAUGUUAUUUUUAAAUAUGGAAACAUGUAGUGGCCUUCCCAAAAAGGCUUGGACUGGUAUAUCAGACCAGAAACAAAUAAGCUAAUGAAAGUAUGAACUCAAGAAGAAAGAUGUUGGCAGUCUGUGUAACAGCUGGAAAACUUAUAAGUACCACCUUUGGGACAACCCAGUGAAUAGGAACUUGUGAUAUCUGCUAUUUAAAAGAAAUGUUCUCGCCUUGGGUUGAUUGUGGUAUACAGUAUGUUAUGAAACUUGUUGAGCUAAAGCUUUGACUUGGCUUGAGUUGAGUAUGAAUCAUUUGCUUUUGUUCCUGUGUAUUUUAUGACACUCACACACCCGUCAGUGACAUCCCUCCUCCCCUAGUGUGAAUUUGUAGCAUGAUUGUACAAACCUCUAUGUAGAAAAUGGAGAUUUCUCGUUCACUGAAAUGUUAAGCUCUAGCCAAUCAGUAUCUGUCCCCUUUAGCCUAGUGUGUCUGAACUGACUUUCUUAUUAUAUAUUUAAACUUUUUCUUUAUACUGUAGGUUUUGUGGCAUCCCACGGUCAGGUGGAGAGGAAGCUGCCCCUUACAGAACUGUACUGUAACCAUUUUUCUUUUUAAAAUAAUAUUUCCACAGGACUGAUUGUAUACAGGGCUUGUAAUAAAAUUUUUACACUGUGUUGUGAAACCACGAUGGUAAAUCCCCAUUGAAGGCUACUUCAAAGGCGCCUGAAAGUGGAGUGUUAUAUCUAUGACUUUAUUUCUUGCUCUCUGAGUAGAUUAAACCUGAUUUUCACCCUUUCAUUCUGUUUCAGCCUCCUGUAUAAGAAGUACCGUAUUUUCUGCCCAUCAUACUUUGUAAUAAAACUUGAACAUGUAUAGAUUGACUGAA